AUGAAUGGAGCAGUUGAGGCUGCUAACAAGAAUAUCAAAAGAAUAUUGCGAAAGAUGAUUGACAAUUACAAGCAUUGGCACAAGAAUUUGCCAUUUUCCCUUCUCGGCUAUCGUACCAUAAUUACGAAUUCGACUGGGGAAACACCUUAUCUUUUAGUUUAUAGAACAAAAGCAGUAUUACCAAUGGAAGUUGAGAUACCAUUCCUAAGGAUUAUCCAAGAAGCUGAGUUGACUGAUUCUAAUUGGAUACAAAGCCGAUAUGAACAGUUAAUGCUUAUUGAUAAAAAGAGAAUGAAUGCAGUUUGUCAUGGACAACUUUAUCAACAAAGGAUGGCCAAAGCUUUCAAUAAAAAGAUAGUUAAAACUAGAGCAACAAUAGCACUUGAACCAGCCAUUGGGGCUAUAGUUAGAGGAGGAGUAGGAAUGAGAAGUCGUGGUAGAGGAUGCGGGAGAAAGCCCACCAAGGGCAAGGGCCAGACAACUGGGCCAUCUAGAGAAAAAGCAGCAACCCCUCCACCAGCUGAUGUGGUAGCUAGAGAGGCUGUUGAAGUGGAUGAUGAGCAGGUUCAUGAGAGAGAAGAACCACCCCGACCUACUCCAGAGAUGAUCCACCAAGUUCUCACCUAUCUCAGUGGGUUAUCCGAUCAAGGACAAGUUCCCCCAUCACCUAAUAUUCUAGGAGUACAACAUGUAGUUGUUGUGGCUCCCUUCAUGACUGCGUCCUCGAGAACAAAUAUGAGUACAGAAUUUAAGGAUGCCUACUAUUUCCUUGUUGAUUGUCAUAAGAUGCUUCAUAAGAUGGAUAUAGUAGAGCAAUUUGGUGUUGAGUUUAUGACAUUCCAAUUUCAGGGAGACACCAAAAUAUGUUGGCGGUCUCAUGUUAAGUGCCAAUCAGCAGAGGCACCACCUAUAACUUGGAUAACUUUUUCUGACUUUUUCAUAGAGAAGUAUAUUCCCCAGACCUUGAGGGAGAGGAGAAGAGAUGAGUUUCUAAAUAUAGAGCAAGGGAGGAUGUCAGUUGCCUCCUAUGAGGACAAGAUUUUUUCCUUAGACAGAUAUGCUACUCAUCUUUACUUUAGUCCAGAAGAGUAG